CAGCUAAGACCAUUGACAAUACAAACAGAGCUUAGACAAAGCCGGAACUCUGUUUCUUUCUGUUUCUUCCACUCUAAAUUCGGUCCGACUAUGGCUCCUAAUCCCAAACCCCAUCUGGGUUUUGCCCUAUUCCUCCUCCUAUUCGUCUCCAUCGUCACAACUCCUUGUCUAACGCUCUCUGACACCCCCACGGUCUACGAAAUCCUCUCCCAGUUUGGUCUCCCAAGUGGGCUCUUGCCAGACUCUGUUACGAGCUAUACUCUGUCCGACGAUGGCCGAUUCAUCGUUCAUUUGGAGAAGCCCUGCUACGUUGAGUUCGAGUACUUGGUCUACUACGAAAAGACCAUCACCGGCAAGCUAAGCUACGGGUCGAUCACCGACUUGAAAGGAAUCCAGGUGAAAAGGCUGUUGUUUUGGUUCGAUGUGGACGAGAUCAAGGUCGAUUUGCCGCCCUCCAAUAGCAUUUACUUCCAGGUAGGGAUCAUCAACAAGAAGCUCGAUGUGGAACAGUUCAAGACCGUCCACUCUUGCCGUGAUGGGCUCUCUGGUGCUUCCUGUCUCGGGACCUUGAAAAGGGUUCUUGAGCUCCCAUCUCCUAUGGAAGAGAUUCAGAUGCUAAUCACUGAGUAGCAGGGCUCCACCUAAUAAUAUUUGUAAAGCCGGCCAGAGAGAGGGCUUUGAAGUCCUAGUUGGGUAUAUUUUGGACUCACAAAUCUCGAGCCUGGUAAAACAAGAACCAAGUGUAUCAAUGUAUUUUAGGCUGUAUUAGUAGUAGUAUUCUCUAUGUUUGGAACUUUACACUGAAAAGUAUCAUAAUAUUUUCAGUGAGGAUUUGCGUAUAAGAUGGAAAUGUAAUUAGACUUUGAUGGCAACAACUUCCUUCUUGUUAACUUCAAUGCAAAAUUGCUAAGAUUAGAUUAAGGUUGGAUUCAGUCCUUAUGCGUUUUGUAUUUUAUGAGGGGUUUACCUUAUGUUGUGGUCGGUAAUGACAAUGUGGAGAAAAGAUAUGACGCAGGAAGAAUUGGAAGGAAGAAUAAAAUCCUUUUUUUUUAUC